AAGAGUCGUGUCUGGGCUGUCGAGUAGCCUGCAUGUCUAUUAUAUAUUAACAUUAGCUACAGCAGCUCUGUAUAUUGUAUUCGUCGUCGUCGUUCGCUUCGUCGGUGGUGUAUAGUUAAAAUGCUUUUUGCUUUGUUUGUUCUUACAAUGCUGAAUUAAAUGCACAAAACUCUUGAAUUUUUCUUAUUUUCCACAUUUCACAUUUUGCUAUUUUUACAAUAAAUUGCAUUGUUGUUUUGUGGAAGUGUCUAUGUUAUGCGGAUAUUUAUAAAUGCUCAUAACAAUGUGUUGCUGUGCUUUUUGAUGUUACGCGAAAAUUAAGAAAGAAGCAGAGUGAUUUUUUUGUUGGACUCAUACUACAGUUCCAAUCGUGUUUUGUAUUUUGAAAAAAAUUGCUGUUGCAAUUUGAAGUGAAAAAGCUUAAAUGAAAAAUUGAAAGAAAAAGAUCGGAUUUAUUUUUGUGGCAUUUCAAGACUAAUUAGCUGAUUGUUUCCUCGGAUAUAGACGUUCUUAGAAAUAAAAAAAAACUAAGUUUUUGUUUAACCGACCAAUGGAUAACGAUUCACUUUCUUCGAUUUCGAUAUGAGGAGGCUCAACGGUUUUUGUCGCUCAAACAACAUCAUAAAAUGCUUGUAAUACCAUUGGAUUGUAUGUAUUGUUUAACAACAAAACAAAAUAAAAGAAUCACAAUUGGCAAAGUGGAUUAAAACGAAUUUUUUUUAUUGAAAUUCUAAAUUGUAAUGUGGUUUGACUGAACCAAGAAAUUGGAAAAAAAACGAAGUCGUUGCAUUACUUAUGGAAUUCGAGAAUUUCGUAUCACAAUAAUUGGAUGGAUUGUGGUACAAUAAUGGUUGAUUAAUUGAAUUAAAUGCACACACAUGUUUACGUGUGCUCAAAGUGUUGUGCUAAACAAAUGUGCUUAUUUUAGUCAGUUUGUCAUAACUAGAUUUUUAUCACUUUCUAUUGUGUAUGUACGGGGGCGUAGUACCUCGAAUUUGUUGCAGACAUGUUGGGGGCAUUAAAGCGACGAUGGAAAGCACCAAAGAGAGCUGUAACUACUGAUUUAUCAGACAUAGAAAAAGAAGAACUGCAUGAUAUGGCUCCACCAAGAUUUAUCGAAAUUCAAAAAGGCAAAAUAUCAUUAGCUCCAGCAAAAACAUUUGAAUCGGCAAAAGAUAAGGAGGUUUUGGAAGCCCGCAUAGCCGAAUUGGAAGAUGCAUUAGGACGGUUACACGAACGAGUUGACAAAAGUCAAUGUGGGUCACCAACGCUGGAGAAAGAUCUGAAGGAGCAAUUAGAAAACAUGCAAAAGGUUAUUAGAUCUAAGGAACGAAAGGCAAUGCAAGUGAGCCGAGACCAUAAAUCUUUACAGGCUCGGUUUCUCCGUCAAGAGCAUUGUUUGCAGUUCCUCACCACCGAAAAUAAAAAUCUCCAUCAGCGCAUACGACAAUACGAAGGUUGUUUAGAUGAUGUUAUGCGAAAAGUGGUUGAUGCUAUCGUUGCCGAAGACAAUCUUCGCGAAGAGGUGUCAAUGUUAAAAAAUCGUGUACGGGAUUUGGAAGCGCAAAACGCGGCCUUAUCGUCCAGUCCAGCGAAAGGGCGUGAUGAAGGCUACUGUACAAUGAGUUCCGGUCAGCCGCAACCGUCUGGUCAUUUAGAAGAUUUGCCCGAAGAACCGGAACAAUUGCUCAUGAUGGCCGAACCGACAUCAGCGGAUAUGGAAGAUUGGAGUAUGAGUCAGGAGGAACUUGGAGCUGGUCUCGAAGAAUACAACAAUGAACCCGAUUGGUUGUGGCAAUCUUCUAGUUAUUUGAAUUCAACGGUCGAUUCACAAUCGGAAUCAAUAUCAAAAUUAUUGCAAACUACCAUAGAAUACUCGGACGACGAGGAAAUUGGAUGCAAAGACUUCACGAGCGACUUUUAUCGUUUAGUUAACAUUGCUUCCGGUAGUACGCGUAGCCUACAGUCGGCCGCUGAUGCAAGCGACACCGACGAAAGUUUACCAAAUGAUCGAUACAAUAGUCCUACACCAAGCGAAGCUGGUCUGGCUCAGGUUUCAAGCUGUUCGUCAAGUGAUUCCAGCGAACAAACGGCUGGUCAACUCGAUGGCCGAAUACUUAGUGAUAAUUUGCGUCAAGACGUAUUAGUUUUACGGCACAGAACUCAUCAUAGUGUUAAGGAUGGUACACAGUCAAUGCCUUCAACAAAUUGGCGACGAAGCAAUGGAUGGAGACGGGUUUCAUCGCAAUAUAUUGAACCGAUUAGCAAUAAAUCCUCAAUUAGUAAAGACUUAAAAAUUCCACCGCCUGUACCCGCGAGACGGUCAUUUGCCAGCUAACCUUCGUGCAGUUCGUUGAAUGAUUUGGAUCAUUGUUCCGGUAUUGUUUAAGAUUUUCUAAUUUUUUUUUGUUCGAUUCGGUUAAACCAACACUGCCAAUAAAUUGGUUAACCGAAUCGACUGCUUGUUUCAAAUAAUUUAUCGAAUCACAAAAUUCAAAUAUUUUGCUGUUGCGCCGAAAAACGUUUCGCAAUGUCUUGUACGAUGAUUAAUCGAGACAUUCGUGUAACAUUAAGAAUUGUUUUGUUGAGAAAAGAUAUCCAUAUCCAUUUCACCUUAUUAAUUGUCGAUCAUUUAAUUGUUAAAAGUGAUAAGAUAUUAAGAAAAGAAAUUAAUUAAUUAAUGAUAACUAAAAUUGAGUGACAAUAUUGAAGCGGGGGGUGAUCUUAAUUAAUAUAAAACACAGUUUACAACAAGUGAGCCGACGAUUCUCACACUGGUAAAAUGGGGGUACGAUUUUUUCCGUUUUGUUACUUUCUGUUUCAUUUUUGUAAACCGGUUCGUACACCCAUUUUCCUAACGAAUUAUGAAAAUUUUGUAAAAAGACGAAAAUACGCAAGCAAUGGAAAAUGUUUAUUCGGUUUAAAAAUUUAUAUUUUGUAAAUGAACGUGAAAGAAAAACAUGAUUUAGAUUGUAAGUUUUGUUUCCUAAACAUUUACUGUGUAUAAAGCGUAGAUUAAUAGGUAGGGAUUGUGAAAAAUAAAGUGAAGAAAUUAGUUUUGUAGAGUAGACGUUGAGAUGGGAUAAUGUACUGAUUUUUCAUGUUGAAUAAAUUAAUUAAAAAA